AUGAGCUCUGAUUCUAGUCCAGUAUUGGAGCAUGUUAAUCUCGCAAGAGAGCAUGCAAAGCUUGAAAACUACGAUGCUGCACUGAAAUAUUUCUCAAAUGCUAGACAAGAAGUUGAAUAUGAGAUCGAAUCCUGUAGACAACCUUCAGAAAUUACGAAAUGGAAUUCAAUGCUUAAAGAUAUUAUUGCGGAAGAAGCUGCUGUAAGACGCAUUAAGAGUGUACUUGAUGAAAUUCUGGAUAAAUUAGAUCAAGGACCACCAGACAAUUCUCAAGAAGAACCACAAGCACCAGAAACUCCAUUAUGGACUCGCGUUGAUGAGGAAGGUGAGGACGAAUCACCUGUCAUCAGAGCACCAGAAAGGAGACCAGUUGCUUAUGCUGCCAAGCAAAAGAAAAGUCCUGCAGCACGCGCACCAGUUGGUGUUGGACGUUCUCGAUACGGCGGUGGCGGCGGUGCUAAGCCACCAAGUGCUAGAGGUGCUGUGAAAGCAGUUAAUCGUCCAGCUCCUCCUCAGAAAGUUAAUGCAGCACAACCAUCAAAGGCACCAGAAAAACCAAAUCUUGAUCCAUCUACAAAUCCAUUAGUUCAACAAAUUAUAGAUAUGGGUAUUUUAGUUCGUGAGCCUAACGUUCAAUGGGAAUCAAUUGCAGGCCUCGGUCCUGUUAAGCGACUUUUACGUCAAAACCUUGUAAUUUUACCAAUGAGACCAGAUAUUUGCAAAGGUCUUCUCGCACCUUGGAAAUCUGUCCUCUUCUACGGUCCACCAGGUACAGGUAAGACAUUUAUUGCAAAAGCUGUUGCUACUGAAUGUCGUAGAACCUUCUUUAACGUUACAUCUGCUACAAUUACAUCAAGAUUCCUCGGUGAAUCCGAAAAACUUGUUUCCCACUUGUUCGAUCUUGCAGAUCAGAUGGCUCCUUCUACGAUUUUCUUCGAUGAAAUCGAUGCUGUCGCUUCCCAAAGAGGAAGUGGCGGAGAACACGAAGCUUCUCGCAGAAUGAAGGCACAGCUCCUCACACGCCUUGAAGGCAUUGAUGGAGCUUCAGACAAUACCGGCAUUUUCGUACUUGCUGCAACAAAUUUCCCCUGGGAUUUAGACGAAGCGCUUCUUAGAAGAUUCCAAAAGAGAAUUUAUAUUCCUUUGCCAGAUGUUGAAGGUAGAAAACAAAUUUUGAAGAUGAAUAUUUCAGAUUUAAUUGAUGAUGAUUUCGAUUUAGACUUAUUUGCAGAAAGGCUUGAUGGAUAUUCUUGCGCUGAUAUUGCAAACUUAUGCAGAGAUGCCGCUCAAGCUGUUUUUGAUAAACAAACAGCAAAUUUGGAUACUCAAGCUUGGUUAAACAUGCCAAUUGAGCAGGCAAGGGUUGUAAUUACAAAUCAGGACUUUGAACGUGCUAUGUCUCUUAGAAAGAGUUCAGUAGACAAAGCAACUCUCAAAAUGUACGAAGAAUGGAGAAAAUCAAAAGGUGCCGAAUAA